AUGGCACUUAAAUCCUGUGGCUGUAUUUUGGCACUGAAUCUCCGCUCGAAUGACAGACACAGUCUUCCAGAGAUUGACCCGUUCUUCUCUGUAUUUGAGCUCUGCGAGGUGCGACCCGGUCCGGAGUUCCUCACUCGCUCCUACCGCUUCUUCCCCGACGGCAGCUUCCAGGCGCUGCAGUUCUACUACCAGGACCCUGACUGCAGCGAGCCCAGCUACAGCCUGCUGAUCCGGGGCAGCGUGCGGCCGCUGCGGGCCUCCUGGCUGGUGCGCGGAGGAACGGCGAGCGAGGUGCUUGUGAGCUGCGUCCAGCAGUGGUGCCUGCAGACGGCCUGCGACCCGCCGGACACACCGGCUCCGGACCGCAGCAUGCAGGAGCUGACGCUGAUGCGCCUGGAGCUCCAGGCCGAGGAGCUGUUCCUGGGAGACGUUCACACGGAGCGCGCUCAGCCCGCGGGAUACCAGAGCCCCCUGCGGAGCGCCAAGACUGAACUAAAUGAAGCACUGCUUGCUGCGAGCGAGCCCAGCUACAGCCUGCUGAUCCGGGGCAGCGUGCGGCCGCUGCGGGCCUCCUGGCUGGUGCGCGGAGGAACGGCGAGCGAGGUGCAUGUGAGCUGCGUCCAGCAGUGGUGCCUGCAGACGGCCUGCGACCCGCCGGACACACCGGCUCCGGACCGCAGCAUGCAGGAGCUGACGCUGAUGCGCCUGGAGCUCCAGGCCGAGGAGCUGUUCCUGGGAGACGUUCACACGGAGCGCGCUCAGCCCGCGGGAUACCAGAGCCCCCUGCGGAGCGCCAAGGCCGAGCGCUGUGGAGUCUGUCGGAUCGUGUCUUCAGCGGAUCUUCAUCAUCCUCCGGUGCUGCCGGUUCGGCCCGAGCGUCCGGUGCGUCUGCAGGGAGACUGGGUGAGCACGCGGUGCGAGGUGCGUCCGGGAGUCCUCUUCCUCACCCGACAGCUGACCUUCCACGAGGACCGCCAGACCUGGACCGGACAGUACGAGCACUUCUCUGACCCGGUCUGCCGUCACCCCACCUUCAGCAUCUCAGCCAGCGGACGCUACAGCCGCGGAGCUCCAUCUGCAGCCGUCGGGGGCGCCGUCCAGUUCACCUUCACCGUGACGCACAUGACGGUGACGCCCAUGGAUGUGGCCACCACGUCUCUGCUGAACGUCUUCCGCGGGCGUGCGUGUGGGUCCGAGGGCUCGUGGCAGCGGGGUGUUCCCCAGGACGUGACCUCCACCUCGGGCUGCGCGGCGCUGGGUGUGCGUCUGCCUCACACCGAGUACGAGCUCUUCCGUGCCGGCCAGGACCCGUCUGGACACAGCCUCCUCUACAACGGCCAGAGACCCAGCGACGGCUCCAGUCCGGACCGGCCCGAGCGACGGCCCACCAGCUUCCAGCCGCCGCUGAUCCGCUGCAGCCGCGGGGGGCGAGAGCGAGAGCAGCCCUUCAGACUGAGCGCCGGCGGCGGCUCAAACGCUCGGCACACACUCGCCGCUGCGCUCAUCCUGCUGCACACGCUCAUGUAGCCACACUGAGAACGUGACUUCACCAAGACUGUCCAAAAACAUAGGCCUAUCCCUACCCAUAACUCAUCCCUAAAAUCAGAGGGGAAUGAUAGUUGACUAACAAGGGUGUAGAAGCACCUCACUCUGGUUGACUUUUCCUGUAAACUUAUCCCUCAAUUCUGAUUGGUUGAUUUGAAUGUUGCUCCAGGAACAUUUUGCACGAGGUGAAAUCACAUUCACGAGGUUGGGUCUAUGUUUUGGGACAAUAAUGUUGAUCCAGGAACAUGUCUGUCUUGGCAAAAUCACGGCGAACGUACGGAGAGACACUGAUCGGCCCGUUUAUCAAUGUUUGCACUAGUUCACGAACAGUGUUGGGGAAAG